AUGGCCUUAACACUUCGUUCUUCAAUCUCUUUUGUAAACCAGAAAGAAACCAAGGCCCUUAAAGCUUUUGAUGAUGUCUCUGCCACAGUUAGCUUUGCAAAGAUUAAGCCAUCUUCCCGCAUUCAAGUAAAGAAUUCGGCGAGGGAAGCAAGUCAUCAUCAGACACACCAGAGAGAUGAGCAACGGGAGAAGGUGCAUGCGCCGUCAGUUGCUCAUCACGACAACCACAAUGUGUCAAAGAGGGUGCCUGUGUAUGUGAUGCUGCCGCUAGACACAGUAACAAUGGGAGGCGGCUUGAACAAGCCGAGAGCAAUGAAUGCGAGUUUGAUGGCGCUGAAAAGUGCCGGCGUUGAAGGGGUAAUGGUUGAUGUAUGGUGGGGUUUGGCGGAGAAAGAUGGGCCUCUGAAGUACAACUGGGAAGCCUACGCUGAGCUUGUGCAGAUGGUACAAAUGCAUGGCUUGAAGCUUCAAGUUGUCAUGUCUUUCCAUCAGUGUGGAGGAAAUGUUGGAGACACUUGCAGCAUUCCUCUACCACCAUGGGUGUUGGAAGAGAUCAGCAAGAACCCUGACCUGGUUUAUACAGACAGAUCAGGGAGGAGGAAUCCUGAGUACAUCUCUUUAGGGUGUGAUUCCAUGCCUGUGCUGAAAGGAAGGACUCCCCUCCAAGUUUACUCUGACUACAUGAAGAGCUUCCAUGACAGAUUCAGAAAUUACUUGGGCAGUGUUAUCGUGGAAAUACAAGUAGGUAUGGGUCCUUGUGGGGAGCUAAGAUAUCCAUCAUACCCAGAAAGCAAUGGAACUUGGAGGUUUCCUGGAAUUGGUGAAUUCCAAUGCUACGACAAGUAUAUGAAAGCAUCCUUGGCAGCAGCUGCAGAAGCCAUUGGAAAGAAAGAAUGGGGAACAAGUGGUCCCCAUGACUCUGGCAAGUACAACCAAUUUCCAGAUGAUACUGGAUUUUUUAAAAGGGAAGGAACAUGGAACUCCGAAUAUGGACAGUUCUUUCUGGAAUGGUACUCCAGCAAGUUGCUGGAUCAUGGUGACAAGAUUCUUGCAUCUGCCAAAGGAAUAUUUCAGGCAUCUGGGGUCAAACUAUCUGGGAAAAUUGCUGGAAUCCAUUGGCACUACAAAGCAAGGUCACAUGCAGCUGAACUAACCGCCGGAUAUUAUAAUACACGAUUCAAUGAUGGUUAUCUACCAAUUGCUAGAAUGCUGGCAAAACAUGAAGUCAUCUUCAAUUUCACCUGCAUGGAAAUGAAGGACAGAGAGCAGCCUAGCCACGCUAACUGCUCACCAGAGGGGUUAGUUCAUCAGGUAAAGAUGGCAACCAAGAUGGCUAGAGUAGAACUUGCAGGAGAAAAUGCCUUGGAAAGAUAUGAUGCAGAUGCAUAUGCUCAAGUUUUGUCAACAAGUAGGUCAGACUCCGGCAACGGACUAACCGCAUUUACAUAUCUAAGAAUGAACAAGAAGUUGUUUGAAGGUGAUAACUGGCGGCACAUGGUGGACUUUGUCAGAAGCAUGUCUGAAGGUGGUCGGAGACAGAGACUCUCAGACGCUGAUUCCCGUGGAAGUGACCUUUAUGUUGGGCACAUCAAGGGAACUCAGAGGGAAAAAUCACAAGAGGCUGCUCUUGUGUGAGAAUGUAAUAAUAAUAAGUAUAGAAUUACGAUGAUUAUACACAAGAAUGGCAUAUGCCAUGUCAAUACCCAUGACGAUCAAGAUAUUAUUUUAUUUCAUUAAUGUAUAUAAUUCCAAGUACUAUAGGUGAAAAACUUCAUCUGUUGAUGUAGAAACUCAAUAUAUACUGAUGGUGAUAUUUCAAUCUA